AUGAAAUCUAUUAUAAAGCGCAUCAAACGACGUGCCUCCCCGACUAUUGCUUCCGCACUGCUGGUUCCUCCGGUAACAACGCAAACUAAACAUCCGACUAAGCGCAUAGCAACUUCUAGUCACCAGCAAGGCGUCGAAAACGCGCCGGAGACGUAUUCCACUCUAACUGUCGACCCAUCUUUUCAAGCACCUCCAGACUCCUUGGUGUCCAACAGCUCAAGAAUCACGCAACCAGAUUCGCAAGAUCAAAUCCGAGAUGGCGUGACUGCGGGAAACUCUUCACAUGAAGUUCCAGAGAAUAUGGACAGUUUCAUAUCUUUCACCGAUUCAUCUGAUACUCAAAGCCAUGCCAGUCGCGUGUCUAUAAAUUCUGAAGAAAGGCUCUCUAGUAAAUUAUCACACACAGAGGAAACGCACCUGGACAUCAGCACAAAUGGUGAAGUGCGUAACCCAUCCGCCAGGGAGCCAUCUAUUCGCACUUUCGGGGAUAAGCCCUAUCCUCAAAAUCGAUCAAACCCAGCUCAAGCCGUCUCGGAUGACGCUCUGCCGCGGAAUACAUGCAGAGAAUAUCACGAAGAAAGGCAUACACUGAAGCCUGUGACGCGCGAGACGAUCCACAAACACGUCGUGGAGGAAGUACAAAAAGUAAAAAUGCAUGAGCGACACAUCACAUACAUUCAACACCACGUGCAGCCCAUAAUAAAUCCUAGUUCUGAUAUCGCGUUCCAAGAUUACCGGAUAGAACUACAAAACUCGGCCGGACCACAAGGAGACAGGAUUAACGUCGAGGAUGAAUCGGAGCUGAGUGCUAUAAUUGAUGGUUUGAUUCGCAACAACAAGCAGAAGUAUGAAACAGAGGGCUUCCAAAGUUUCCAGACUUCCCAAACAAUUGAGCUGCCCGACGUUGAACAUCAAGCAAUGGUUGUUCACAAUUACUAUAUCAUCCAACCGGUGAUCUUGAAACCUAAUCAUGAUCUUAAAAGCGCGGGUCUAGAAACCAAGCAAACUGUUCUUCCCUCUGGCCUGGAGGCCAAAAAUAACCCUCUUGAAGAUACUUAUGCAUUGGUGAGUGCUUCAACUUGA